CUCCGGUGAGCGGCGGCUCGGAGCCGGUGCAGCAGGCACCAUGGCGGUCCCCAGCGCCCUCAUGAAGCAGCCCCCGAUCCAGUCCACGGCGGGGGCCGUGCCCGUCCGCAAUGAGAAGGGUGAGCUGUCCAUGGAGAAGGUGAAGGUGAAGCGGUACGUGUCGGGGAAGCGGCCGGACUAUGCACCCAUGGAGUCCUCGGAGGAGGAGGAUGAGGAGUUCCAGUUCAUCAAGAAGGCCAAGGAGCAGGAGGUGGAGCCCGAGGAGCAGGAGGAGGAGGUCGCCAACGACCCCCGGCUGCGCCGCCUGCAGAACCGCAUCGCUGAGGAUGUGGAGGAGCGGCUGGCGAGGCACCGUAAAAUCGUGGAGCCUGAAGUGGUUGGAGAAAGCGACUCAGAGGUGGAGGGGGAAGCCUGGCGCCUGGAGCGGGAGGACACCAGCGAGGAGGAAGAGGAGGAGAUCGAUGAUGAGGAGAUCGAGCGCCGGCGUGGGAUGAUGCGUCAGCGAGCACAGGAGAGGAAGACUGAGGAGAUGGAAGUGAUGGAGUUGGAAGAUGAGGGUCGGUCUGGAGAAGAAUCUGAGUCAGAGUCUGAGUACGAGGAAUACACAGAUAGUGAGGACGAAAUGGAGCCACGUCUCAAACCGGUCUUCAUCCGCAAGAAGGACAGGAUCACGGUCCAAGAGCGAGAAGCAGAGGCCCUGAAGCAGAAGGAGCUGGAGCAGGAGGCAAAGAGGCUGGCAGAGGAGAGGCGCAAGUACACGCUCAAGGUACCAUGGGGCAGACUGGGGGUUUGCUGGGGGGCAGCUGCCUCAGUGAGCUUAGCUUGCUUCUUGCUGCAGAUCGUAGAGGAGGAAGCAAAGAAGGAGCUGGAGGAGAACAAGCGCUCACUGGCAGCACUGGAUGCACUUGAUACAGAUGAUGAGAAUGAUGAGGAGGAGUAUGAGGCCUGGAAAGUACGUGAGCUGAAGCGCAUCAAACGGGACCGAGAAGAACGAGAAGCCAUGGAGAAAGAGAAGGCAGAGAUUGAGCGCAUGCGGAACCUGACGGAGGAGGAGCGCCGGGCUGAGCUGCGGGCCAAUGGCAAGGUCAUCACCAACAAGGCGGUGAAGGGCAAGUACAAGUUCCUGCAGAAGUACUACCACCGUGGAGCCUUCUUCAUGGAUGAGGACGAGGAGGUGUACAAGAGGGACUUCAGUGCCCCGACCCUUGAGGACCACUUCAACAAGACGAUACUGCCCAAAGUCAUGCAGGUCAAGAACUUCGGGCGCUCAGGACGGACAAAGUACACACACUUGGUGGACCAGGACACCACCUCCUUUGACUCCGCCUGGGGCCAGGAGAGUGCACAGAACACCAAGUUCUUCAAGCAGAAAGCAGCAGGUGUUCGGGAUGUCUUUGAGAGACCCUCGGCCAAGAAGCGAAAAACCACUUAAUGCAGCGGGAGCCCAGGCAGGGACAGGAAGGACACGGCUGUGCUGGGACUUACGUGGUGACAAACCCUUUCUCUGCCGUCGUUCCCCGCUCCCCAUGCUGCUGCAGCCUGGUAGGCUCCCUGCACUGGUGCUGUGCAAGACAACAGCCUGCUCAUGCUGGCCAGGCCCACAGUCCCACCAGCAUCCCACUGGAAGCCACCCCGGGAGCCUCAUCAGAGUCCAGCGGAGCUGUGCAGGAGCACAGCAACUCCAGUGCACCUGCUUCUGGAGGGAUGAAUGACUUUAUACCUGCCUGGUCCCUGUGGCUUGUACUUUCCCUGUUGUCAGUUCAGGCCCUGUUUUGGUGACCCCUUUUCUUCUCCCUGGUUGUGCAGGGCUUGGCUUUUCUACCUGUACAGAGGGGUGGGUUUGAUUAAAGUCAUUUUCUUACACAUU